UCAGGAGCAACAUUAUGACGGCAUCAGCUGUACCCAUUAUAUCGAAACCAAUAACUGCCAUCAUCAUCUGUACCCUCAUCACCCGGGUAUUAACAGUUGGCUAUGUUAUUGGUGGGUUCGUUAUAAAGUUCUAUUAUUCUUUCCUGGACCAGUCGGUUGUGUACGUAUUAGAUCACAUCACUAUCGGGGCAUUACCCCUGGGAUCGACACUGAUGUUCCUAAUUUACUCCCUGAUGCCCUUUUUGUUGCUCUACUCUGCUGUAGGGUUGAUAGGACUAGUAAUGGUGUUCAAAAGAAAGAGGUUUCUGCUGAUAACGCAUGCUGUAAGUCAUCUGCCGUUAAUUGUAAUGGAAAUAGUGUACCUUUCGUUAAUAUCGUGGAUUAUGAGUGAGAAUGAGCAUGCAACAUCGGACGAAUAUGAGUUAGCCCACACAGCAGCAUCAGACAUAAUGAUCUACAGAAGUGACAGGGAGAAGUGGACAUAUUUCUUUGGAACUUUAAAAUGCUGUAACGUGACGGGACAACCAACUUACAAUGCCUGGGUUGUAAACUCUGUUGGCUACGUAUGUUAUUUCUCCACUGCGUGUCUUGAUGUUAUCCAGAGUUUUAUCACGACUUACGGAAGCUUCUAUCUAGCUGUCAUUUCUGUCAACAUAAUCGCAAGUUGUGUGUCGGUGGCAGUUACAGAGUACAUCUAUAGAAUGAGCAAGAUCGACAUCAAAGAUAUUAAAGAGAGAAUCAAAUAUACAAACGGAAUAUUAGCAGAUCUUCAUAGGUAUUCAGUGACUGUUUGGCAAAGAAAUAAGAUUCUGUGGAUAUCAGGAUUUUUAAAGAUUUUUGAUAUAAUAUAUGAAACAGCGUUGGGUAUUUCCUUACUAAUUCUAACCUUCAGCUGGCUCCGUGACUACUAUCUUAAGGAUAUCAUCUGGAAGAUAUGGAAAGAUGGGAUAUCUAUGGGAUAUUUAGAGUACAUCCUAACAAUAACCUUUCUGUGCGUUCUAUUAGUUUCGAUUAUUCUGAAAUUUUUAAACUUCUUUGCAAUAUAUAGAAGGAAACGCAUUGCAUUGACAGUGUAUAUAAUUAGCGAGUUCUUCGUGCUGGUGGUAGAAGUCAUCAUUCUAAUAUUUUUCACCUUUUUAAUUCGAAUGCUUUACUGUUGUUUAGAUGGGAUCGAGAGCUACCAUUGCCAAUUUUCAAAUAAUGACCAAGGAAAAGAGUUAUGUAGCAAUACAAUGGGAAUCUGGGAUAGAGCUACAAUUGUCGUAUGGUUGUCAUUCGGAUUUUUGGUGUUUCAUUUAGCAAUAAAGACAAUACAUCUCGUAAUGGCUGAUAGAAUAUUCAAGGCAAUCAGUCCUGUGGAGGACAAGGAACCCAGCGGAUUUAUAUAUUUUCUGUUUUUGAAAAUUAAACGGUCACCUCUAGCAGCAGCCAACAUUGGUGUGGGAGUAUUCAUUAUGGUAUUCAGCACUAUUUUUCUGUGUGGACUUUUGACGGUACGAUACGACCAGCAGGCUUAUUCGAGAAUUACCGACACACUACACGGGAUUUUUCAUAACGGAACUUCUGGAAACGUAGGAACUCUCCGCGACGUGUCUUAUAUAAUGAUGGCUGUUACUUUGAAUCUCUCAUUCUUAACGCAGAUACCAUUAUUUAUGGGGCUGUACUUGGAAAAUUCUAAAAUUUUAAUCAUAAUCGUACCACUUAGAUUGGUGUACUGCUGUUUGGAUGGUAUUAACCAAUGUGAAUUCUACUCUGAUAAAAAUGACCUAGAUGUGCUAUGCUCUGGAGGAACUGAUUUGUGGGUAAGCACAGCAAUGGAAAUCUGGCUUUUUUGGACAUUCACAUUAGUGUCCUUUUUAGUGCAGAUUGCUUCGAUUGCCCUGUGUAAUAGAUUCUACAAGAAGACUUUUACAGAAAAAGGGAUAUUUACGAUUUCGAUGCAGUUUUUGAAAAAUAAUGUAAUCAGAAUACUUUCAGAUAAUCCGGUAACAGCAUUCAUUGUUCUGACUAUAACGACAUUGAUAGUUGAACUGUCCUUUGGAAUUGCGAUUUAUAUCUAUUUCUUUCUCCAUGUGUAUACUUCUGAGGUGCAAAAUACCAUCGGACAAUUAUACCGCCAUAUUUAUAAUAUCCAGUAUCUAAUGAAUGGACUUGCUUACACAAUGAUGGUGAUAAUUCCGUUGAUUAUGAUCGCCCGUCCUAUUCUGCUUUGGUUGAUCCUGUUUAAAAGGAAGCUUCAAGCUUCAUAUUUUUUUGUACUAGGUUUUCUUACAUUUAUAAUUGGGGAAAUAGUCAUGCUUGUUCAGUCUUCGAUCAUAAUGCAUUUGUGUUGUAGUUCUUGCCGAGACGUGAUCUACAAUGUGGGUGUCAUCAACGUAUCAUUCAUAACGCUUCAUCUCUUCCUCAAUGUUAUAUACGUCAUACUCGUGGACAGGAUAUAUCCGUUUUUAAAAAACGAUAAGGAUAAGAAAGGCGUUUUAAAGAUUGUUUUCACUACUAUCUGGGAUAGCAUAAAGUCAUUAUUUAUCGAAGAAAAAGUACUAAAGUUUUUCACUGCAGUUCAAGCAUUGAGCCUGAUCGUAGAUAUGGGGUACGGUAUAACAGUGUAUACUCUGUACUUUAUAAACUUUUCCCCAAUAAACAACGACGUGCAGCAGGAUCUAGGAGCUUUGGAAAAACACCGCUAUGAUAUGCAGGAUCUCCUGAACGCUUUGUCUUUCACUCUUAUGUCUUUUAUUCCUGUUAUUAUAUGUUUCCGAGGUGUGAUGCUCUUCGCUGGUUUACACCGUCGUCCAGUUUUCAUUUACAUAAUAAUUUCAGCUAUUUUUGUUAUCUGUAUUGGGGAGAUCGUCCUUCUUGUACAGUCCUCCUACCUUAUGGAUAUGGCAUACGGAUGUUUUGACCGAAGUUCUUCUGAUUAUGUAUCUUAUAAAUAUUCACAGUUCUGCGAUACAAAUCUUCCAUUCGUAUUUGAUAUCGUGGCUGUGUUUAUUUCAUAUUUGGUCAUUCAUAUCGUUCUUAAUGUUUUGAGUAUGAUAAUACUCGAUAAACUUUACAAGUAUGCUGGGGAUAAACCAAGCCAGAAAAGUGCAUUUGUAACAGCGUUUGGCUUUCUUUACACAUACUUAAAAACAUCAAAAUUAAUCUUAACCUACUUCGUUUUUCUCCUUCUUAUGUUAAUUAUCCGGCUCCUAUUUUGGAUUGGUUUACUUCUAAUGGGACUUACACCUGGUUAUAUACAUACCGACCUGCUGGAUGCAAUGUGUGAGGUCUACACAAACGAUCUGAAUUAUGGUCGAACGGCAUUGGGUCUUAUGUAUUCUCACAUGGCCAUAGUGCCGCUGGAUAUCGCCUGCCAUUGUUUUGAAUUUGCAAUAGUUCUAAAAAUGAGCAAGCAGUUGUUAACAGUUGUAUUCAUUAUUCGAUUACUUUGGAUAUUUUCUGAUGUCAUCUGUUUAGCAUUAUCUUCGAUAGUUCUUAAUUUGGUUUGUAGUAAUGUAGGCUUACUAUAUGACUCCGCUGGGAUAAUGGUGGCAUACAUUGUAACCAAUUUUUGCUCUCAUGUUUUGGAAAUUGUAUUAAGUUCUUAUCUGAUUAAGAAAAGGUCAAAUACAGUUGGUUCUACUGAUACAAUAGGACAGAGAGAAGAAAUUAACCCUGCCAACAGUCAAGGAGAGCUGAUAGAUAUAGAGUAG